AUGCAUUUGAUGUACACACUCGACUCUGAGGGCAAGCGAGUCUAUACCCUUAAGAAAGUCCUCAACGGCCAGGUCACCAAAUCCGCCCACCCUGCCAGAUUCUCUCCCGAUGACAAGUACUCGAGACAAAGAGUUACCUUGAAGAAGCGCUAUGGGCUACUUCUAACCCAGCAAGCUGGUAUGUGA